AUGGAUACUUUCAAUGCCUUAGCUCGUAUCAAAACAGAUCUUACAACUACCAACGCUGGCAAUACCCUAUUGAGAGGAACACGUAUCGUCAUUCCACAGUGCCUGCAACGUCAAGUGAUCAAUUUAGCGCACGAAAGACAUCAAGGGAUAAUAAAGACAAAGAAAUUGUUGCGAGAAAAAGUGUGGUUUCCUGAUAUUGACAAACUUGUCGGAGAAUGUAUUGCAAAUUGUAUACCGUGCCAAGCGUCAACUCAAAUCAAGAUGUGCGAACCGUUGCUGAUGACAAAUCUUCCAGAAGGUCCUUGGCAAAAUAUAUCUGUGGACUUUUGCGGCCAGUUACCUUUUUGGUGA